UACAUGAAAGUUUAUGUAUCUUCUUCAUUCUUCUCGCAUUGCAAAAUUCAAGGUAAACGUUUGGAUUUUUCCCCCUAAGAAGAAAGAGAAGAUUAUAGAAAAUGGAAACUUCUACUUUUGGCUGAAGAAUCUCCCCCUCAAUGAAGAAUUUGAAGAAAAAGAAGAAAAGGGUUUGUCCAUGACAGAGAAUGGCUAAAGGUAGCAGAAUUUCACAAAAAAGCAGAAGAAACCCAUCAACGAACAAACACAAAAUCAAAUCAUAUCCUCAUGAAAAAGCAGAAGAAUUAACAAAUUCAAUCCAAAUUCUUCAACAAUACUCAUCUGAAUAAAGUAGCCCCGCCCCAAUCACCCCCCCCUAAACCGACACCAAUUUCUUCUCCAAUCUCCACCCUCAAGCAAAGUAUCAUUUUCCCUAAAUCACAUCACUCCUUCAAACUCAAUCCUCACUCAUUCACUCACUCACUCAUUCCUUCAUCACCUUCAACAAUGUCAACAACAUCACUCCUAAUUCCUCUCUCCCUCUCUCUCAUCCUCGCAUCUCUUCCACUAUUCAGUUCCACCACCAACAUCCAUUCCGACGCUUGCCGCUCCUUCUGCGGCAACAUCACCGUCGAUUAUCCCUUCGCUCUCCAAUACGGUUGCGGCCAUCCCGGCUACCGCGACCUUCUCUACUGCAUGAACGACGUUCUAAUGUUCCACAUCCGAUCCGGAUCUUACAGAGUGUUAGACAUCGAUUACGCUUACGAAGCCCUAACUCUCCACGACCCUCACAUGUCGACCUGCUCUAACAUCGUCCUCGGCGGUCGAGGCAACGGCUUCGACAUCGAGGAAUGGCGGUUACCGUACCUGAAUCCAACUGCCGAUAACGCAUUUCUCCUCAUCGGUUGCUCCGCCCAGUCGCCGCUCUUCCAAGGGUUCCCAAACAAGCAUCUAGUCUGCAGAAACAUAUCGGGGAUUGGUUGUGAGGACUAUUACGAUUGCCCGGCUUGGGAUUUAUUGGGCCAUAGAAAACCAAGCCGGGUUUACGGGUCCGGUCCACCUGAGUGCUGUGCGGUUCCUUUUGAGUCGAUUAAGGCUAUAAACCUCACGAAACUUCAGUGUGAAGGGUACAGUAGUGCUUAUAGCCUGGCUCCGUUGAGGAUUAAUGGGCCUGAUGAAUGGGCCUAUGGGAUUCGUGUGAAAUAUUCGGUCCAAGCAAAUGAAGAUUUUUGUCGAGCGUGUCAGGCUACUGGUGGCACGUGCGGGUAUGGUACGGAUAGCGUUAGACAGCUAUGUAUGUGUGGGAGCUCCAAUUCUACCUCUACUUGUGAUUUUGUUAUGAGCUCGUUACCAAGAAGGAUGACAUCAUGGACAGCAAUCAAAGCCACUAUAGCAGGAAGCUUGAUGCUGAUGUUGUAGACAAAGAAGAGGUGAUUACGAAAUGGGGAAAUUUGGUUUUUGGGCAGACCAAAGAAAAUGCUUCGUGCUAAUUAAUUUCCACGAGGGCCUGAAUAGUAUUUGUAUGUACACGUGCAUGGUGGGGGAGAUAUUUAUAAUUUUUUUAGAAAAUUUUAUAGAUUUAAUUAAUGGGCCAGCAAUAGAAUUUCAUAAGGUUUUUGUAACGUUUUUUUUUUUUUUCUUUUUGUGGAAAAUUGAGAGUUACUUUGUAUCAAUCUGAGUAGUAAUAGAAUUUGAAAUUUUCAUACUUCUAAUUUUAA